AUGUGUUGGUUUGGCGGCACUGGCUAUGCGUGUGAGGUGUCUUACGGCCUGGUUUUUGCCGGACUGGAUGUAACAGCUUCAACCUCUCCACAUCAUCAGCCUCAACUUCCAACCCAGUACGUCUCGCCUCCCGUGCGUGCUGGCGUGCACGGCGGCGUUGCCUUUCUAGCAGUCGCUUACGCAGCCUUCCAGGUGAAGGUGAAGCAGCUGCAGCAGUUAUGGCCUCCGGCAAAGCAAUUCCGAAUAGUUGUCAAUUGUGCGCAAACGGAGGCUCCUCUUCUUUGGGAUUGA